AUGAAGGUGGCGUGGGCGAUAAGCUUUGUCGCGCUGCUGUGCGCUAUCGUGACGGCCGUCCCGUGUGGUGAACAUGGUCAAGUGGUGUUCCGCCCCGCGCUAGACGAGGACGAGCCUAUGGAUCUGGUAGCGAUCUUGGAGCAGGAGGCCACGGCCCAAGGCCUUGAGUUGGAUGUGCCCAGUGCUGCGCCCCACCCCAAGAUCGCGCAGAUCGGAUGGCACAUGGAAGACUGCAGUCCGAUCCCCCCCGUGAUCACCAUCCAGAGCGUGACACUCGAUCCGGAUCCACCCAUGAAAGGCCAUAAUCUGACGGUGCGUGGCGUCGGCACUGUGCUCUCGGACAUUACGGAGGGCACCUAUCUGGACGUCGAUGUGCAUAUCGGUGUGCUUAAGCUGUACUCGGAGCGCCUCGAUUUCUGCGACGUAUUGCGUGAGAAUGACGUCGAAGUGCAAUGCCCUAUCCCGCCAGGGGACUACGAUGUGUCACACACUGUCCUCGUACCGGCCCGUUUGCCACCUGCCAAGUUCUCGAUUCAUGUCACAGGUGGUACACAGGACAAUCAGCCGCUGCCAUGCGUCAACAUUGGCGUGAGCGUAUCGCCCUUCGUCUCCCAAAUGGCCUCCUAUCUCCGUGCCGUGCCACAAUGGCUGGCUGCCAAGUGGCCCCGCCGUUCGUAA